AACACGAGGUGCGGGGCUUGUACAGCAGUCAGGUCUGCAGCUGGAAACAGGACACAGAGAGAGAGAGAGAGAGACAGCUCCUCUGUUCCGAAGCCGGAGACUUACCUGAGCUUCACCUGAUCCCGGGACCGACACAGUGUUUGUGGAUCUGCAGGAGGACAAAGGAGGCGGGGCAUGAUGAGGAGGAGAGGGGAGCAGCGGGAGGACAGCGCCACGCUCAUCGCCAUGGAAAACAGUUCGCAGAACAGCUACGGCAGCAUCGACACGAAUGCACCUGCUCAGAACAGGAACGUGUUCAGUGACGGAUCGACUCGAGUUGAUUUUGUGUUGGUGUGGGAGGAGCCUCGGAGCUCCAAGGAGGAGGAGAGCACAGGUGUUAGCCCCACCCACAGGAAGUGGAGGGAGAAGUUUCUGAACCAACUGAGACGCACCGGACUGCUGCUGGAGCUGAAGGAGGUCCUUCAGACCAAGAGGAAGAUCUGUUUUGUCCUCCUCAGCGCUCCGUGGAGCGUCCUGUGUUACUACGCUGAAGAGAUCAGUCUCAGAGUGCCUCUGCAGGUGGUCACCACUCCGUUCAUUAACUGGUCUGAGAAGGUCCUGUCCAGGCUGUCAAUUCCCAACCUUCUGUUUCAGGACGUCCCGAACCCCCCACCUGACUACUACACCUGUCAGUUCAGGACCAACAAGCUGCAGAGGUUUCUGGGCAGCAACGACAGAGAGACGUUCUUCAAAUCAACUCAGAGACACCAGGUGCUGUAUGAGAUCCUGGCCCGGACCCGGUACGGUUCAGUGAAAAAGGGAAGGGUGGGAAUCGACCGACUGCUGAGUGAGCAGGUCUUCACUGCUGCCUACCCGCUGCAUGAGGGAGGUUUCAAGCCUCCAAACCCUCCGGUGCCCCCCCAGUCUUUAGGUCUGAGACAGAUCCUGUAUACAUACUGGGCCCGGUGGUCCUGCUUUAAACGCUACCAACCUCUGCAUCACAUCAGGGAGUACUUUGGAGAGAAGAUAGCCCUUUACUUUGCCUGGCUCGGUUUCUACACGGGCUGGCUGUUGCCGGCGGCUCUCGUUGGGACUGUGAUCUUCUUGUUUGGGUUCUGGGUCGUGGCCACUGAUGUUCCAGCGAUGGAGUUGUGUGACAGUGGGAACAGCUUCAUCAUGUGUCCUCUCUGUAACAUCUGCUCCCACUGGAACUACUCCAGCAUCUGUCUCACCUACAAGGUUGGUCUUUUGUUUGAUAAUGGAGGAACAGUGUUUCUCAGUGUCUUCAUGGCUCUGUGGUCCGUCACCUUCCUGGAGUACUGGAAGAGAAGUUGUUCAACUCUGACUCACCGCUGGGGCUGCUCCGAAUUCCAGGACAUUGAGGAGCGCCCUCGUCCAGAGUUUACCGCCAUGGCGCCGAUGACCAUGAGGAACCCGGUGACCGGAGCAGAGGAACCAUACUUCCCUGAAAGUAAACGACUCAACAGAACUCUGACCGGCUGCAUGAUCAUCAUCACCAUGGUUGCUGUGGUGCUGAUGUUCCUCAUCACCAUCAUUCUGUAUCGCACCAUCAUUGGCAUCAUCAUCUCCAAGUCUCGCAACAGCUUCCUCACUUUUUCGGCUGGGAGGAUAGCCAGUAUUUCAGGAUCUGUUUUGAACCUGUUGGUCAUCCUCAUGUUGUCCAGAGUUUACAUCUCACUGGCCCGCAUCCUCACCCGCUGGGAGAUGCAUCGGACUCAAACUAAAUAUGAAGACAUGUUCAUCCUCAAAGUUUUCAUCUUCCAGUUUGUCAACUUCUACUCAUCUCCGGUUUACAUCGCCUUCUUCAAAGGCAGGUUCAUUGGGUACCCUGGAAACUACAACACUCCGUUUGGAGUUCGCAACGAAGACUGUGGAGCAGGUGGAUGUCUCAUUGAACUGGCCCAGGAGAUGCUGGUCAUCAUGGUGGGAAAACAACUGAUCAACAACAUCCAGGAGUUCAUCAGCCCGAAGUUGAAGUCGUGGUGGCAGAAGAGGAAGAUAAGUCGAGGGCAGAAGAAGGAGAAGGAAGGAGAGGAGGUGAAGGAGAAGGGAAAGGAGGAGGUUUCUCCCUGGGAGGCCGACUACCAGCUGCUGGUCUGUGAGGGACUCUUUGACGAAUACUUGGAGAUGGUGAUUCAGUUUGGUUUCAUCACCAUCUUCGUGGCGGCGUGUCCUCUCGCUCCUCUCUUCGCUUUUAUUAAUAACUGUGUGGAGAUCCGUUUGGACGCGCAGAAGUUCGUGACUGAAUAUCGGCGCCCGGUGGUGGAGCGAGCUCAGGACAUCGGCAUCUGGUUCUCCAUCAUGCAGUUCAUCACACACAUAGCCGUCCUCAGCAAUGCUUUCCUCAUAGCGUUCACCUCCUCCUUCCUGCCUCGUCUGUACUACCGCUACACCAGAGACAGCACGCUGAAGGGCUUCAUCAACUUCACGCUCGCAACAUCACCGCGCAACUACAGCCAGCAGCACCAGUCCUGCAGGUAUCAGGAUCUCAGGGAUGAAGAAGGUAAAUACCUGCCAGAGUACUUUCACCUCCUCGCCAUACGACUCAGUUUCGUCAUUGUGUUUGAGCACGUGGUCUAUUUCAUCGGACAUCUGAUCGACCUGAUGGUCCCUGACAUCCCAGAGGAGGUGGAGAUGAAGAUAAAGAGGGAGCACUACAUGGCCAAGGAGGCGCUAGCUGAGAACCAGUCUUUGGGAGAAACCCUGAUUCUUGGCGAGAAGGAUGACCUGUCCGGCGACCUGCGACAGCGUGGAUCAAGACCAUCACCACCACCAUCACCACCACCACCACAGAGCGCCUCCCCUCCACCAAACCUGAGGGACAUCCCAUAGGAACCCCAAACACCGGGCAGCUGCUAAAAUAUAGCGAACAUCACCCUGUGAACCGCGUAUCUUCCCACAAUCUCAACAUCCACAUCUAUUAGAAUGAGCUUCUCCUUUUGAUCAACCCCUCUCACAGAUCUAUAAGACCACCGUGUGAGGCCACUACAAGAUCUGCAAGAUCUCCUGAAUCCUUACGUCUCCUUGAAGAACUCUAUAAGAGGUCUACAAGAUCUAAAACUCUUCUGCUGGAUCUUAAAAAGAUCUGCAAGAAACAAGCAAGGGUGUAGGUUUGCAUACGGGCGGGAGGGACAUGUCCAACAGACUACUGUCUUACAGACUAGUCCCUUCUAAUAUUUGAACUCAUCUGCAUUAUGUUUGGAGUAAAGUCAGAUUAGAUUAUUCAGAUGUGCCCUCCCCAGAGACCAUGACAAAUUAUUGACCAAGAUUAUGUGACUAUGUUUAGCCAUAGUUUAAGUCCCUGUAUUCUAGAAGUUACAUUUAUAUACAACAAAUUUGCAACUGCAAAUACAUUUUGAAGGAAAAAGCCGCCCCUCCUGCUGAUUUUGACAGAAAAUCAUUUAUAAAUCCAUAAAUUCAUUCACAAAGAAUAUUUAGUGCUCUGCUAGUGCUACGUUCUUAUGUGAGUGCUUCAUUUUUAAACCAAGACUUAGGGCUUGUAACUGUUUAGCUCUUUUUCCCGGCGCCCUACCCGAGAAAAACGCUCGGGUCAGGGAGUUGGUUCUUCUGUCCCUUGUGUUGAGACUAGAGGUCUUCACAAGUCCAACAGUUUGGGCUGAAACCCAAAAAGACCCAGAAAUGUAUUCCUGGACUGGUCUCUUAUUUGAAAGCAAGGACUUGGACCAAUGAAAAACCGAGAAAUGGCCGACCUAACCCCAGCUGGGGGACCAGGCUGUGGACGCCAGGGGAGCGUGGCUCCUCUUAAUGAGCCAUGAGCUCCCCUAAAAACAUGAUUUGUGAAAUUUUCCAGGGGUCUCUAAAAUAUUGACUUAAAAUAUUGCUUUAUUGCCAUGUAUUUCUGUUUUCCUCUGUGGAUCAAAUGUAAAACUAGGCUAUUAUUGAUGUAUGAUUUAUGCAUUUAUGCCAAUUUACUUUAAAACAAACCGUAUAUAACUUUUAUCUAAGUAGGAAGUCACAUUGAGAUUAAAUCCUACCAGCAUGUUAUUCUUGUCAUCGCCAUCGAAGUGUGGCAGUGCAAUAUCAUAAACUUCACUCACUUUAGCUCAAAGCUCAGAAGAAACUUUUUUAGUCCCACUCAGUCUGUGUGCAGAAUCUCCAUGAUUAAAUUAAGAUAAAGCACCAGGUGAAACUCUGGAACAGCUUUGCACAGCAGGCAGGACACACCUUCCCACCUCAUCUGAGUGUGAGAGGGGGUUUCCUGCCAUUACUGAUACUGACAGCAGGGCGCAAUAGGUUGCAUGAAAUCAGCCUCUCAUCACUCCUUGUGGUUUUUAAUGGACCCCCUUUGGCAAGACCCAAUCUGCACCUGCACCAAUUUCACUACUGAUUGUUAUUUUAACAUAAUUAAAGUGAACUUUCUUAACAAAA